AUGGACAGACUGAGGAAUGAAACACUGGAAAGCAGCACUGCAGAAAGGGACCUGGAGGUCGUGGUCAACGCAGCCUCAUUCCUGACAGCGGGGACCCUCCAGGGAGAACAGCACUGUAAGGCACAGCCCGUGUCACGGUGCCGCUAUGGGCUGGUAGGAGCUCAUCAUCGCCCUGCUCAGGGUCAGCUACGGGCGUGCCAGCACUGGGGCGGCUCCAGGCCGCCAGCACGGGUUCGUGCAGGUGCUGUGGGCUGGAGGGAACCAGGGCAGCUGCUCGUCCUUUCGCACCGCUUCCCUUCCCCUCUCUUGCCGGCCCUUCCCGUCCCCGGUACGUUAUCAGCCGGCCCGGCCCGGCCCCGCUCCCCAGUGCGCAUGCUCGCGCUCCCCGGACGCCCGGGCCGGUUGCCGUGGCUACGGCGCCGCCGGCGGGGCGAGCAGCGCGCCCGGAGCGCGGCCGGGCCGGAGGUGCCGCGGGGCGGGGGCUGCGGGGUCCCAGCCGCUGCGCACCGUGCCCGGGGCAGCCCGCCCGCCACAGCGGUUUGGCGUCACCGGGCUCCCGCCGGGGGGGUGCGCGUUUGGGUGCGCUUUUAUCUUGAGGAAUAUGGGCUUAGGACUCUUCCGGCCCGUGUCAUUUCGGUGGCAGCUCGGAAAACCGUAAAGGUGUGCUGUCUCUGGGUAAUGACCCCUUGGACUAUCUUGUUCUAUAGGCACAGAAACAGAGCAAGCAUGACUGAUGAUAAUGAAACAGUUAGGAAGACUGGGUGUAAUUUUGAUGGAACUGUCCAACUUGAGAAUCAGGGAGGUUUUCCUGAAAAAGUCAUUCUACAGGAUUACCGCAUGCCUGAUGUCAUAACUGUCAGAGUAGAAACAGGUUCGGAUUCAUUUCAAGAAGUACUUGUAAAAAUUGAAAGACCUACCUAUAAAAAACCUUUUCUGGGUGGAUUUAGGAAUGUGUCAACAGGAAUAGAGUUUCAUAAUGCAGGAUCACAAACAAUACCCAAAAAAAGACCUGAAAAAGGAAUUCCAUUACUUUGUAAGGCAAUACAGGCAGGUGUGGAAAAAAAUAAGCAACAACAAACAAGAAAUACAACAUCAACACAGAUGACUAAAAUUGGCCUUUACGUAUCAAACAUGACUGACAAACUAAUUACUCCGGGAAAGUAUUUUACAGCAGAUGAAUACCAUAAACGUAGACUUGAAGCAGUAAUAGUAAUACAGAAAUAUUUCCGUCGCUGGUAUUCUGUAAAUUUAGUACAAAAUCUGAAGGAACAGAGGAGGGCAAAGCUUGCAAGGGAGGCACAAGAAGAAUUACAGAAAAAAAGGGAGAAAGAAGAAAAAUUGAGAAGGGAGUAUGAGAAAAAACUGAACCCUAAAACAAAAGAAGACUUUGAGCUACUGUACCAUGACUUGGAAUUAUGGGUGCAGGAGGAGACUGGGCGAAUUAACAGAACUCUUUCUGGAGCUGAAAGAAAGGCAGCGCUUUGUGCACUUCUGGAGGAAGAGACACAGCUGAUUGCUUGCAUUGGGAUGCACAAACAAGAUGCCAAUGUGGAGAAUCAACAAAAAGCAAUAAUGCACCUUCUGGUUAAGUGUGCACAACCUAGGAGGUGGAAAGCAUUUGAUGGAAAAAUCACUGAAAUGGAUACACAGAGCACUCUCCGUGGAAAAGAACUGCUUGAAAUCUACCGCAGCAUUAACACAAAGGACAUCCCAAAAGAUGAGAGGAUAUCUGUGCUGUUAACACUCAAAUGUACAGUGAAGGAACAUGAAUGUAAAUUAACACAGGAAAUAGGGGCACUAAUUGACAGGGAAAUUGAUCUUAUGUCAAGGGAGGUGAAAGAAUGCAACUUGGAAGGACUGAGGAAAAGAAUUUGUACAUUAUUUCUUCAGUAUACCAAAAGUCCAGAGUUCAACCCUGAAGUUGCUGGGUUAAUUAAGGUUCCACAAGACCCCUUAAAGCUUUAUAAAAAUAUUUACUUCUGUCACAGCUGCGAAAAUUAUUUACCAUCUACUGAGUUUCUCAUUCCUGCAAAUUCCCGCACCAUUGGCAGAUGUCGCUCAUGUUACCAGCUUGACAAUGAGGCUCGGAAACGAGAAGCAUAUUUGAAGUACAGACUUAUACUUGAAAAUCUCAGGAAGUCUGAAGUUGAUUAUCAGGAUGAUAGUAAAAUCGUUUUCUUAGUUCAGCUUCCAGAUAUGCAGUACCUGAUUGAGAAGAUAUGGAACUGCCAGUCAGCUCUCAGUGCCUGCAGUAAUCUGUAUGAUUUAGUUAUGGUCAGGUGGGAUAAGCAGCGUGAGUGGUCUCCAUGGAACACUAUUCUCCUCACUGAAGAAGAGGCAGAUGCACAUCUUAAGCUGUGUGACCCUCUGAAGACUUAUGAAGGUCCAUUUAUUUACAGAAUAGAACAAAAACAUAUCCGGGCAAAAAACUACUUUGCUCAGAUUCCUGCAAUGUCACCAUUUUUGCAUAGAAGUAAUAAUCAGGCUAAUGCAAAUUCCUACAUGAAACAUUGUUCUUCAAAGUUAAAGAAGUGAACUA